GAUGGCAACAUGGCGACGGAGUUCCAUAAUCUGCAGGAGCUGAGGCACAGUGCCUCAUUGGCCAACAAGGUCUUCAUCCAAAGAGACUACAGCGAGGGGACCACCUGCAGGUUUCAGACCAAGUUCCCAUCUGAACUAGAAAGCAGAAUUGAGCGUACACUGUUUGAGGACACCGUGAAGACCCUGAAUAACUACUAUGCAGAGGCAGAGAAGAUCGGGGGCCAGUCCUAUCUGGAGGGAUGUCUGGCCUGUGCUACUGCCUACCUCAUCUUCCUCUGCAUGGAGACAUGCUACGAGAAGGUAUUGAAGAAGAUAGCCAGGUACAUUCAGGAGCAGAACGAGAAGAUCUAUGCACCCAGGGGUCUGCUCAUCACAGACCCCAUUGAGAGGGGAAUGCGAGUCAUUGAGAUUUCCAUCUAUGAGGACCGCGGAUCCAGUGGCUCCAGCUCAGGCAGCAGCUCUACAUCUGGUAGCACAGCUCGAUGA